AUGGCUGACUGCAAACCAGUUCUCACAGCAAUGGCCACCACCAUUAAAGCCUCCUCUGCAGGGGGUGUCGCAUUCUCAGAUGCAACUAAGUACAGGUCGAUCAUUGGUGCACUUCAGUAUAUUACUUUGACUCGUCCUGAUGUAGCCUUCUCAGUGAACCGGGUGUGCCAGUUUAUGCACAACCCAUCUGAAGACCAUUGGUCGAUGGUGAAACGGAUUCUACGCUAUCUCAAACACACAAUUAAGUAUGGGCUUCAUAUCACAAAAUCUCCUUCUCAGGAUCUUCAGGCAUUCACUGGUGCCGAUUGGGCAGGUUAUGGUGAUGAUAGAAAAUCUACAGGUGGUUAUGCAUUCUAUAUGGGCCCGAAUUUGAUCUCUUGGGCUUCAAAGAUACAGAAGAAAGUUGCCCUAUCAUCCACUGAAUCAAAAUAUAAGGCUCUUGCCGAUGCCUGUGCCAAGUUGACCUGGCUCCAAUCUCUAUUUGGCGAGCUUGGUCUGUCUACAGCCUAG